AUGGCUAGCUGCGCCGCGGUCCCCAACGAGUCACGCGACAUGGCGGCGAGCACCGAUUCACUGCUGCGCGGGAGACGGCGCGGGCGCGGAAAGCAGGACGCCGGCCACCAGGGCCAGGCGUCGUGGAUCUCCAGCGUCAUCAACCUGGCCAACACCAUCCUCGGCGCUGGCCUCCUCGCCAUGCCCUCGGCCCUCUCGAAGAUGGGCGUCUUCCUCGGCAUCUUCGUCAUCGCCUGGGCCGGCUCGACGGCAGCCUUUGGCCUGUACCUGCAGACGCGCUGCGCCCGCUACAUCGACCGCGGGCACGUCUCCUUCGCCGCCCUGUCGCAGCUCACCUACCCGAACGCGUCGAUCCUGUUCGACGCCGCCAUCGCCGUCAAGUGCUUCGGCGUCGCCGUCAGCUACCUGAUCAUCAUCGGCGACCUGAUGCCCGGCGUCGUCGUCGGCUUCGUGCCCAGCGCCGCACACGUCGCCUUCCUCGUCGACCGGCAGUUUUGGAUCACCGCCUUCAUGCUCAUCGUCAUUCCCCUUUCCUUCCUGCGCCGCCUCGACUCGCUAAAGUACACGUCGGUCAUCGCCCUCUUCUCCAUCGCCUACCUCGUCGUCCUCGUCGUCGCCCACUACAUCAAGGGCGACACCCUCGCCUCGCGCGGCACAGUCCGCGUCUUCCAGUGGGCCGGCCCCGUCAGCGCCCUCGCCGCCUUCCCCGUCAUCGUCUUCGCCUACACGUGCCACCAGAACAUGUUCAGCAUCCUCAACGAGAUUGCGGACAACUCCCACUUUCGCACCACCACCGUCAUCGUCGCCUCCAUCGGCGGCGCCUGCGCUCUGUACGUCCUGACCGGCAUCACCGGCUACCUGAGCUACGGCGACAACAUCAAGGGCAACAUCAUCAGCAUGUACCCGACCGCCGCCGCCGCCACAAUCGGGCGAUUCGCCAUUGUCAUCCUGGUCAUGUUCUCCUAUCCGCUGCAGAUCCACCCCUGUCGCGCCAGCAUCGACGCCUGCGCAAAGUGGCGCCCGCGCCGGUCCGCCCGCGCCUGCAGCGACCAGGAACCCAGUCCGAGCCGGCGCUCGCUAGUCGCCAGCGCCGCGCCCAAACCACGCGCCGAAAUGAGCGAUCUGCGCUUCGCCGUAGUCACCACCGUCCUCAUCGUGCUCUCCUUCAUCACCGCCAUGACCGUCUCCUCGCUCUCCCUGGUGCUCGCCUACGUUGGCUCCACCGGCAGCACCACCAUCUCCUUCAUCCUGCCGGGCCUGUUCUACUACAAGAUCUCCGACCCGGAGAGUCCCCACCACCAGCGCCUCGUCAAAGACGAGGACGACGAGAGCGAGUUCUCGUCCGGCGUCGAGGGCGGCGCAACCCGGGAGGGGAACCAGAACCGCGAUCUGCGCCGCGGACUGCUGAGGCGCGCUGCGUUGGCGCUGGCGCUCUACGGCAUGGGUGUCAUGGUGACGUGUCUGGGCAUCAACAUUGUGUUUGGCGCGUCGGGACAUUGA